AUGCAUUAUAAUCAACCGUACUGUUGUAAUACUCCUAGCUCUUUAAAUAAUGGAUACGGGAACGGUUAUAACGCCUACAAUCCAACUCAAAUAAACAGCAGUUUUUAUCCAUAUUCAAUAGUAGGAGAAGGAGACGUCAAUUGUGUUACACUUCCAGAUGGGACAUGUCAAUUCUAUUUCACACCAACCGCUAAUUGGUGGUGUUCUAAUGCCUAUUAUAACAUGAUUAAUUCAAAUAAUGUGAAUACAUGUUCGAAUCCAAAUACUGGUACUUGGUUCGUCAGAAGUAUAACAAGCCCGGUACCAGCUGUGUGGAAUAAUCCUUUAUAUCAACGCCACGAAGCGCCGAUAGCUUUGCAGUCAUCAGACUGCAAUAGAAAUGCUAUUGAUAACGGAUACCAAUUAAAGUUUCAUAGCGAUGUGCGGACCUCGACUACUGAUAUACAUUACUUUUACCCCUGCUUACGGCAAAUAGAUUACACACUGGCGAUACCGACCAGAGGGUGUGCGGCCGUUCAAGUGGACACACCGAUAGCGACCAACACAACAUGUCAUUAUGAAGUCGUCUGCCCUAAGCCGUGCAACGCUGGUACAACUCGAGUGAAUACAUCUGUGAGCGCGAUGUCUCUGGAUACUAACACUGCACCGACGGAAGUUGUCACUUGUCGAUGCAUCUCCCCGUUACAACUCCAAAGAGGUUCUGCCAAUAAAUCAUUACAACGGCUACAACUUCUACCCAGCGAUGCAAGAAAGAAACGUAUUAAACUUGAAAGGAAAAAACAAAAGAUUGAUGAAAUCAAAACGAGGAACGUUAUUUGUGAAUGCAGGCCGCCGAUGUCCGUAGACAAAUCAGUGCAUAAAGCGUUCACAACAAGUGGUGGUAAUCUUAAUAAGGGUGUACAAUUUUCGCGCUGUUGGUGUAAAGACGCACCAGUCCAAAGAGACAGCUAUGCAAAACAAGAUGCAGAAAUAUGGCAUCCCGCUACAGAUUCAGUUAAAAGUGCGUUUAAAUACGAAUGCCCUUCGCGAUCUUCGGGAAAAAUAGGACAAAAUGUAAUUAAAAGUAAAUCCAAGGACGAGAUUUGUCCAUGCAGCGCAACGCAGUCUUCGGAAAGGAUAAAAGAAAAUGAAAAUGUAAGAAAAAGUAAAUCAAAAGAGGUAAUUUGUCAAUGCAGUUCUACGCUGUCUUCGGAAAGGGUAACACAAAACAUAAUUCUAAGUAAUUCAAAGGACGUACUUUGUCAGUGUAGCCCAACGCAUUCUUCCGAAGGAAAAAGACAAAAUGUUAAUAAAAGUAAAUCCAAGGACGUUAUUUGUCAAUGCGACUCGGCGCCGUCUUCUGAUAAAUUAAAGGCUCCGCAAGACGCUUGUGAAGCGAGUUGUUGUGAUCUAAAUAAGAGAUCACCAUCUUUGCGUUGUUGUGGGAAAAAGGUAACUGUUAUAAAAGGAGAUGCCUUUUUGAAACCAGAACCAGAAGUGUGGUGUCCCAUCACAGAUUCACUAAAAAAAAUAUUUCAAUGUGGUAGAGGUGCAUCUAGUCGUUGUUCUGGCUGUUGUAACUGA